GGGACUGAGUAUCGCAUGCGCUAGGAUUUGCCUGCAGUAUAUACCGAUAGGCAGGCAUAACCUAGCCGCUGGGAGGAUUUCUAUCAAGUAGUUCUUUUUAUUUAUCUGAAGAAAAUAGUAGUCGAAAUCCUCUAGCAAGCAAGUGACGAUACAAUAAAGUGUUUUACCGUGGUUUUAGUGUUUUUUUAGUGCUACUGAAAUAAUAUUCUGUUGAAUCAUGCCACCACAAGAAAAAAUUCCGCCCCAGGAGAACGGACGUGAUGAAAAGAGAAUGUCAAAAGAACCGGCUAUUAAAGAGUCAUACCCGGGAAGUACCCAUGGACAUUCGGAGGAAGACGAAACGUCACAGGUUACUGGAGAGCUUAUGCGGUAUAGUGAAAUGACGUCACUAGAUAGGAUACCUGAUAUAACGGCUACAAACGCAAGGAAAACAGAAAUAGGAAUCAGUAGUGGAGUGGAUAGCACGUGGGCCACAGUGAAAAUGAAGAUGUCAAGACAGUCUUCUCAUACUGACACAGGCUUGAAGGAGACGGACGCGAAGUCCGGUGAAAAACUGUCCCUUCCUCCUGCAUCACCGACUAGAAGCCCGGUUCAAGAUGAGAAACCAGUGAUGGAUUUUGAUGACAUGUUACCCCACGUUGGGGAGUUCGGGCUGUACCAGAAGAUUCUGUUCACAGCUCUGGCCCCCUUUGCUUUCUUCGUAGCUUUUGUAUACUUCACACAGAUCUUCAUUACUGUGACACCAGAGGGUUACUGGUGCAACAUUCCGGAACUGGAUAACCUCACAGCGGAGCAGAGGAUAUCACUGGCUAUCCCACCUAAUGAGGACAAAUCAGGAUAUGAUAAAUGCAGAAUGUAUGCAGUGAAUUUUACAGAGAUGCGGGACAAAGGAAUUACAGAAGGUGACUCGUCAUGGCCUACUGUAGGCUGCAGAUACGGAUGGGAAUUCAACUAUACAGAUAUCCCCUACUCAACAAUAGCUUCGGAGCUUGGCUGGGUCUGUGAUAAGGCAGCAUUUCCCACGAUAGCACAGGCCGUGUUCUUUGCUGGAGCAAUUCUUGGAGGACUGAUUUUUGGAUGGGUUGCUGAUCGCUAUGGAAGAAUCCCAGCAUUGGUUUGGACCAAUAUCAUAGGUUUCGUUGCAGGGAUUGCCACAUCCUUUGUCACAACAUUCUGGGCCUUCUGCUUGUGUCGAUUUCUGGUUGGUCUUGCUUUCGAUAACUGUUUCACCAUGAUGUAUAUUCUGGUUCUAGAAUAUGUGGGACCACAGUGGAGAACUUUUGUGGCCAACAUGUCAAUUGCAAUCUACUUCACAAUGGCCUCAUGUCUUCUGCCUUGGAUGGCAUACUACAUUGCCAAUUGGAAGUUGCUCUGUAUUGCUACUUCUGCACCCUUAAUUCUUGCAGCCAUUACUCCAUGGAUUGUACCAGAGAGUGCAAGGUGGCUUGUAUCUCAAGGAAAUCUAAACAAGGCAGUUUGUAUAUUGAAGAAGUUUGGUAAAAUUAAUGGUGUUGAAGCUGAGCCUCACAUCUACACUAAAUUUAUUGAUAGCUGUCAAAAGCUCCAGAAGGAAGAAGAAGCAGACAAAGUGUACUCUGUUUUGGACCUGUUCAAGAGCCCUCAUCUUCGAAAUACAACACUUCUCCUCAUUGUCAUUUGGAUGGCAAUUUCACUUUGUUUCGAUGGCCAUGUACGGAAUGUUGGUAGUCUGGGCCUAGACUUGUUUGUGACAUUCACAGUGGCAAGUGCCACAGAACUGCCAGCUGAUACUGUGCUAACCAUGGUACUAGACAAGUGGGGUCGUCGAUGGCUGGCCUGUGGGUCUAUGGUGAUGAGUGGAAUUUUCAGUCUGUUAGCAACAGCUGUUCCAACUGGAGCACCAUCAGCUGCCCUUGCUAUCAUGGGUCGCUUCAGUGUGAACAUCUCUUACAACAUUGGGCUUCAGUAUGCAGCUGAAGUGUUGCCAACUGUGGUGAGGGCACAAGGUGUUGCUCUUAUCCACAUUAUGGGCUAUGUAGCCAGCAUAUUGGCUCCAUUUGUUGUCUACCUGGCUAACAUCAGCCCAAUACUUCCACUGUUGGUGUUGGGAACUCUUGGAGUUGUUGGGGGGCUCUUGGCCCUCUUUCUUCCAGAAACAUUGGACAAAGAAUUACCACAAACCCUGCAGGAUGGAGAAAACUUUGGCAAAGGCCAGAAAUUCUUGGACUUCCCCUGCUGUACUAAGACUGUAAAUGAAGCAGACUCGACGGAAAUGAGGAGCAACUUUCAGAGAAGCAAUUCGCAGGUGGGUAGGGCAUCCCUCAGGGCAUCUGUGAGAGGAGAAAUGUACCGAUCCAGCAUGCUCCAGAGAUCACUUAGGUCCAGGAGAUCAAUGAAACAAUCCGACGAAACGCAAGCUGCCAACAUUGUCUGAAGACAGUUCAUACCAAACAGACUGCAUUUUAUCAGGGCAUCAAUAGUGUAAAGAGGCCAAAGUAUCUGAAUUACUAGAAGUCUACCAUAGACGGAAAUUUUGGUGAGAGCAUUUUUACUCUUCUCAAUGUUCUUUCAAGUCAUUAUGCCAAGAACAUUUUAAUCGGGUGAUAAGAGUUUUGCUACCUAUGAAAGUAAGCAACUCUUUCAUCUCAAAACAUUUAUACACAAUAGUUCCUAAAUUAUAAAUAUGCUUUGUUACAAUUUGGAUACUUGAAUUGUAAAAAAAUCAUCUGGUAGCUUCCUACUAACAAUUUAAGUAUUUCUAUUCAUAUUAUAAACUAUUAUUUAUUGAUGUAUUUAUACACUGACUUUUAGGUAAAUCAAAACUGAAUGAAAUUAAUGAAUUAUUUCUCCUUUUCUUUUUAACCACAGCCAGAAAAAGUUUGUUAUGACUGAACUGUACACUGUACUGGCUUCUUACAUAUUGUAACCUGGAGUUUGGAUGCUAUUUUAGGUAGAGGCAAGAGCUUUCUCUCUUCUCCACAGUGUCAAGACUGGCUCUAGAUCCCACCCAGCCUAUCUGGUGGGUAUUGGGGACUCUUUCCCUGAGGGUAAAGUGGCCAGAGAGUGAAGCUGACUAAUCCCUUUCAUAUUGUGGUGAGAUUAAGAAUGCAUGGAGCUACUGUGCCACUCCCACAUGACUUCAUGCUUCAUUAAGCCAAGCGACUGUACCUUUACUUUACGUAUUUAACUUAGUUGCCAUAUGUACAAGAAAUACAAUGGCUUGAAUAAGUUAGAAUAUCCAUGUAAUUUUGUUGGCUUCAAUAAUCCUUUCCAGUUUGUGGUUUUUUGGGCUAUGGCACUGUGUAGCCUUGUAAGUGAUUAAUAGCAUUUUGAAGGAACCUGCAGCAUUCACCUUCAGGGUACUGUAAAUCACUGGUAACCACAUGUGACCAUACAAUGUCAAAACUCAGAAGAUCAUAACCCAAGUUCUCUCUACUAUGAAAACCUCAGAUCUUCAGUAAUCAUUUAUUUAGUUCAAGGGUCUGGAAAACUUUUAACAAAUUCUAUAUUCUGCAAAUAAAUCUUGAAGAAUGGGAAACGAACAAAUCUCAAAUUUGUUACACAGAAUAUAAAAUGAACUGCUUGAAUUACUAAUUGAAGCCGAAAUGUGAUGAACUAGUCACAAGGUACAUUCAUAUUCAAAGUUAUUCCUGUACGUUAUCUCCAAGUCGCAUCAGCUCCAUUCAUUGUUAUGAUAAACCCACUCCUUCAUCCUAUUAUAUUCCCAUUUUUGUUUGAAUAGAAUGCUUUUUGCUGCCUGAUGUAUGUUACAUAGACAUACUGUGGAGAGGUAAGGCCCAGUGUUAGUUCCCACAAUAAUGAUAAUAAAAUAACAGAAGGCUUCAUAAAUAUACACAAACAAAAUGUGUACACUUCUGACUAUGUCCAACAUGUCAUUCAUUCAUUUGUUAACCUCUGUCCAAAAUUAUUUCCUAGUUAUGGUCUUCAGCAGGAUUAAUCCUUCAAAACCCCACAACCUUAUGUUCAUAAAAUUUAAAAAGUAAAAGAAAGAUUAAUCAGGGCCUCUAAUACUGGAAUUUUAAUUAGUUAUUGUUUUACUACUACCACCACUACUAUUAUUACUGACAUGUCAGCAAAGCUGUGAUAAUGUUUCAUUGCAGUUACUACAGACAACAAGGCUUGGGGAUGAGUUCCUAUUUGCAGAUUGUGAUACACUGUAAAUACUUUUUAUCUAAAUAUGUGAUAUGAGUUUAUGCUUUAGUUGUUGUUAGGGUAUUUUUAUAUAAAGUAUAAUGUGUAUUAUUUUUAUACAAUAUUUAAAUAUAGACCUACAGGGUAAUCCUACAUUUGAACCAAAAAAUGUAGAUCUGAAUUUCUAAUAACUUACACCAUUAAGUUCAUACUGUUGUUUUGAAUCGUUAUAGAUACUGUUUAGAUGGUUGGAAAACUAAGAUACUCUGGAUGCUGUGAAGAAGGUUAUGUGAAAUUCUGUUACCUAUCUGCCUUGGUUUGGAUUCAGUAGGGUCACUCUAUGUAUAGCAAAUAAAAUACAACAUUUGUUUCAAAAUAAGUCUGAGCUCCAUUUAUUCUGUUACUUCCCUUAAUACUGUGUGUGUGUGUGUAUAUAUAUAUAUAUAUAGGCAAGAAAAACAAUCAAAUUACAAAACUCUGUAGUUGGUACUUGUGAACUUUAUAAUGAAGUUUUAAAUGAAAAUAUGUUUUACCUUAUUCAGUACCAUCAACAGAACUCAUUUUUGUUAUUUAAUAUUUACUAAUAAUCAUAUACAGUACAUAUUUAAACCUGUACUGGUCAUCUUCACAUGGUAAGAAAUUUCUGAGACUAGUGUUUAUAGGAGAAUAACAAGAUCCAGACUGCAAAACACCACUAAUUUUUCAACACUGCUGCUAUAAAAACAAAAUAAAAUUUUUAGUUCCUAUUUCUAUCCUAGCUCCACAAUUUUAACACUUUUUUUUUAAUUUGUCAGCUUCAUAUUAUGCAUAUCUAUAUAAGCAUACUCUUUAUCAUAUGAAUCACAAGGUCACUGUUUUACACAUGGUCUACGUGUUUUACACUGGUUUAGAAUAUAUGACUGAUGAUGUCAUGGUAACAAAGGUUACAAGAAUGCAUUAUAUUUCAGCUUUACACACCAUUUUUUGCAAUGGCUAUCAAGCGAGUGCAAUAUGGAUGGCAAUGUUAAUAAAGAAAUAGGUGCCCACCUUCCUUGUGACCUGCCCAUAUAACCAAACUACCACCUCUCUACAUUCAGUCAGACCCUGAAGAUGGAGAAAUUUCAUGCUCUCACAACCCAGAAAACACAAUCUGGAUACCUGUAAAGUACUUUGUCUGGCACAUCAGCAUGGCAUUUGUUAAGAGCUGAAAAUGACAACAUGAAGGCAAAAAACAAAUAAUAGAGAAGAAUAGGCAUUUGUUGGGAAGGAGACCAAGGAUUUUAGUGAAGAGAGCCAAGGAGUAACUUGUUAAAGGGAUUAACAUAAAACAAAACCAGUUUUCCCACAAGAAUUAUAAAUAAGUACAAUAUGUUGGUACACUCUCCUUUGGUGUUUAAGGUAACUAAUGCUGAAAAAUAAAUGUGUAGGUGACCUGUUCAAUACUCAGAACCCUUUUAAAUCUGCUUUAGAGGAGUUAGCACACAAUUCAUAGUACUUGACAGCUAUUUAACUGGAGAAAAGAAUCUUCUCUGUAUCUGAACCAAUGCACAGUUUAUAAUGCUUGACACAAACUUCAUUUUGCUAUGAUGAAUAAAGCAGAACCCCCAUUUAAUGUUGCUUGAUUUAUGAUUUUCUGUCAUCAAGCAUUCAAUUUUAAUUAGGCCAAGAGAAUUUCUGUGUUAAAGUGUCUGUAACCUUCAUUGGACAGAUUUAAAUCUGCUAUUAUAGCAAUGACAGCCAGCUUUAAACAUGGCAGUAAAGGUAUUUAUAUUAAGAAAAAUGCAAUGCUGUGCCUUAUAAACCAGCACAUCGCCUGUAUGAUAAAGGUUAAGUGGGGGUUUCCAUGUACCUAAACAAUAUGAGGAAUUCAAAUUUCUUACCCUCAAGUGUGACAACGUGCCAUGUCAGAUGAAAAGCCAUAACUGAGAAUUGUGGUUGCAAUGAUGUGCUGGCUUGAUCAGUGUACCAUUCAUCUCAGGAGGUAAGACAAAUAUGCAACAUUAGUGGAGUCGUGACUGGCACAGGGAAAACUGCAAUCCACAAGAGAACAUGUCGUUCCACACAUCCAAAUCCGACACGGACUAGCCUAUGAUGGAACCCGGCUCAUCUUCUCAGUCAGAACCAUCUCACCACCUGAUCUAUUACACAUAUACCUAUAAUAUGAAGCCAAAUUGAAAUAAAUAUUCUUAUAAAAUCAUUAGAGAAGCUCAUGUUAAUGUUAAUAAUGAGAAACAUUGAAAAUAGACCAUUAAGAUAAGAUGCAAAGCUCUUACACUGAAUGAAUGCACUAAAAUCUUCUUAGGGACAAGGUGCAUCUAAAACUGAGUUUAAAAACCAACACUUGAGUGACCUGGUCUGUCUCCAUCAUCAGAGGCAAUGUGGGGAAUGACUGUAUGUACCUGACAUAUUUAUCUCACCUUCUUGUCAAUCAGAGUGCUCCAUACCGAUUGAAAAAAACAUAUAUAGUAAAUACUUCCCAUUUGUGAAGGUUACAAUUCCUGCAUAAUGCAGAUGUGGAAUUCAAAGAUGUUGACACCACAAUUCAAUGGAAAGCUGUUAGGUUUAUAGGAUGACAAAACAUACAGAGUGAAAAGGUAAAUAUUUGAGAAUAUACACAAAUAUCUGUACAUAACAUACUAUAUUAGUAAUAAUGAUAUUACAAUAAUAUGGCGAAUUUAGUGCAGAUCCUUCAGUGAGAAAGACUGAAGAGGUUUGGGGAAGGAAGAUAUUGAGGGUUUGGUCUGAAAAAAAUUUGGUUUUGAUCAUUUAUGUUAUCACUGAGGUGGAAAGCUUGCGUACUUGUAAAGGGCAAGGUGGUUCAAAUGUGGCAUAGGGAUACAUUAAAUUACACGAAUUUGUGGAUUUUGUGAAUGUGGAGGGUUUACUACAUAUAAGCAAUCUAUAGUAAUUCUCCACAUCGUUCCUGGUGUGGAGUCAAAGCAGGUCCCUGAAAUGUCACUCUGAAACUCAAUUUGGCAAAGAUAAUUGCCUAAGAUUUUAGCGAAAUAAUUUUUAUGCUUCAAAUAUAAAAUUUUGUUACGUAACAGAUGCUGAUUACAAAGGACAGGUUUUACUAUGAACAUAAGGACAAAACGAAGGAAAAAAGUAUUUAUAAAACCAUUCCACAUGGAAAUAAUAGGCUUUAUUUUAGAAUUUCUGAAAUUUAUGUUGAAACAAUGCAAACAUUCACAACAAACUAGGGGAGGGUUAUGGAGAAAGGUAUAAUUGGUAUGAACAAAUAUUCAUGUGUUAUGGAGUUGGGAGAAAAUAUGGAAAGAGAGGAAUGGCACUGAAACAUUAUAAUAUGUACAGUAUAUACUUCAUUAUUCUUAUUCAUGUUAUUAUUAAUUACUUAGCUUUAUUUACAUACAUGUACUCAUGCUAUAUAUGAGAAUACCUGUAUGUAAACAUGAGUAGAUAUUUAAUAUAUUACGCAUGUAAUUUAUAUUGUAGUGCGUAUAGUACAAAAAGUUUUGACAUAUAUAUCUAUAAUAUUAAGACUAGUUUUUCUUUCCCACUCACUGAGACAGGUUCAACUGAGAUACAUCAUGCACAAGAACGUACAGAUUUGCAGAAAUGGGAAAUUACCCAUCCAGCACUGCAAACUGAACUAAAAAACAGAGAAAAUACAGGAGUAUGGAGUGGACGUAUGGAGGAAUCUUCCUAAACAUGUGCAUUAUUUUGGACACUGUCCAUUAUCUUGAGUGUUUUCUGACAAAAAGUUUUAGAAACUGUUUGUAGAAAGGUUCUUAUUACAUUGGGCCCAUUAAUAACAGCUAGUCUGUAUCAUGAUCAAUGAUGGUUCUAAGCCAACUGUAUAUACCGUUAACAUCAGGUAACAUCAACAGGAGAUAAUGAGAAAAAUUUCCAGCAAAGAUUAUAAAAGAAACUGUAAGAAAACGAAACAGUAAUUCUACUUUACAUCAGAUGAUGGAAACAGAACCAGUGACCAAAAUGUUCUGUCUGAAAACAACUCAAGGCAAUGGAUAUGUCAAAAAUAAGUCAAGUUUAUUGCAACAUACCAUCAGAAACAUAUAAAUAUUGAAAUGUUCUUAUUUUCACCUCUUUAAUGACAACAUACUGUUGUUGUUUUCCUUUUUUCAUCUUUAGACUAUGUAACAUAUGCAAACCUUGUCUCAGUGAGAUGCAGAGAAAUUAAUGAGGGUGAGAAUAUGGAUAAACAGAGCAAAGUUAACAACUGCAACAUUCUGGGUAAGAAAAUUUAAAGUCUUCAAUCACAGGGAGAUACAGUAACACUCCUCCCAUAGUACAAUACUCAAACCCACACUUGUUACAAUGCUGAAAGAAAAGUAUCGCAGCAACAGUUAUAUCAAGAGUUCAGGGGGAACAUAGUAGAAUACACAGCUGCUUGUUUCUCAGUCAUGUAGAUGUGACUGCACUUUCAUUUCCACCAUCAUAAACAUGUGUUACCAUAUCACAUAUAUGAGGGUCAAUAGGAUGAUCCAGAGUUCUAAACCUGCAUCUUCUCAUAAACAUUCACACUGCAUACUCCACAUACAUACACACACACAAACACACACACUGCACUUCCAGACAUACAAACAAUUUCAGGACAUCAAUCACAAAAAGAAUUAAUCCUCUGUCACUACAAGUUAAAACAGAGAAUAAAUUAAGCUGCCAUGAGAGCUUAGUCCAAGGUAAAAAUGGAAGUAGUACCUUGGCAUCACUCACACCAAGCAACACAGACAACUCUAUCAUGUAAUGAAACAUGAUGUCAUCCAACACUUGAAGACUCAGACAAGGUUUUGGAACUGUGAAAUCGUCCAAUCACCCUAUUCAAAUGACAAAAAUAACUGUAAUCAUAAGGGUGAAAUGACAGCCUCAUAACAGAAGUGAAACAAAGCUUAUACAAAUAUAAUUUAAUAUAUUUAUUUAUGCUUGAGCAUGCAAUUAAGAGAGGCAACAUUAAUGCUCAACCAGUAUCAGUGGUAUUUACAUUAUGGAUCAUGUUUAGAGUUAAAUAGGACACGUUAUAAUAGUUUUGCCACAGACUGUAAAGUUAGAAGAAACUAUAAUCAACAUAAUAUAUGCUCAGCAGAUAAUCCCAGGCUAAGAACUUAUGCAGAUUCGCUAUUCAUUCUAAUAAAAAGGUAUAUUUAUCAUGAACUUAAAUGGAAUUUCUGAGACAUGAUAUGCAUCAACACAAACCUCAUAUAAUGGUCAGCUCGACUAAAUACAGUCAGUUAAUGAAAGAUAUUAUGUCUGAACAGUUACACUGUCAUGGAUAGAGAAAUGAUUACAUACUACCAACACAAAAUCUUGGUUCUGCAAUAAAUGUGGUCAUCCAAAAAGGUAAUUAAAUCAACAGGUGUACUACCAGUGAGUAACUUAGACAUAUGGUAUGAUGGCAAGGUUUUCCCUUAAGCAUAUAAGGAUAAAUCAGAUUUAUAAAAGCAGCAAAGCCAUUAUAAUUUCUCAAAUUCUUGUGCAUAUGAAUUUAAUCUCAUUUUGGUAUCUUCUUAUUUCUUUAUUUAUGAUUUAUUAAAUGAUGCUAUCAGCAGCUAAAGCUAUACAGCAGUGAA